AUGUGUAUCUUCACAGUCGACAGGUACUCGACUAGAAUAUGUUUCACUUUCAUUCUCGUUGAACCAUGUGGAGAGAAAUACAUGCGAAAGGGGACCUGCGAGUGCGAGGUUAGGACAUGCCAGUCAGCAGAAGUAGAGAGGUGGUUGGGAAAUCAGGUCAAGCAAAACACUGUUCUAGUAUGA